AUGGGAAAUUGGUGUCCAUGGUGUUCACGUGUAGGCCGUCGUACUCUUGAAGACGCAAAACAAGUAGCGCAUAAUAGAAAUGGUGAGUGUCUAUCAAAAACAUUUGUUAAUAUUCGUUUACCUUUAUUAUGGCGUUGUAUUAAGGGACACACGUGGUAUGCAAAUUUAAAUCAUGUAAAAAAUACUAAUACCUGGUGUCCACAUUGUGCAGGUAAUAUUCGGUCUACUAUUGAAGAAGCUAAACAAAUUGCUUAUAGUAAAAAUGGUAACUGCCUUUCAGAAAAGUAUGUUAAUUGCCAGGCUCUGUUACAAUGGCGUUGUGCUAAAGGGCAUGAAUGGAACGCAAAUUUAAAUCAUAUAAAACAUAAUAGGUGGUGUCCAUUUUGUCGAAAUAAAUAUGAAGGCCUGUGUCGAAAAAUAAUUACCGAGUAUUUAGGACCUCCAUCAAAAAUUUGGGAAUAUCCAUAUGGGUUAGAACUUGACAUUUAUUAUCCAGAAUAUGGUCUUGCAAUUGAAGUCCAAGGAGAACAACAUGAGCGUUAUGUAGAAUUCUUUCAUCGAGAUCAGAAUGGAUUUAACAAACAGUUGUAUCGGGAUCAAUUAAAAAAAGAAUUGUGUGAAGAGAAUUGGUUUGUACUAAGGUAUAUUUGGUAUUACGAAGACCCAUAUGUAGUUAUUCCAGAGCAUCUUCGAGAAUUGGGUCUCACUGAAUUUCAAAUUCAGAUACAUUGUGGAUCACCAAAAAGAGCCUUAUUUAUAAUUAGAAGUUGCAUUGUUUUAUUUUUUUAUUAUAUAUCGAAAAUACAUAUUACCCGAUUAGUAUAA